GUGAGAGGAGGAUUGCGGGGGAGAGGCGUAAGUACACACCGCGGGCGAGGACGACGCGCGCGGGCCUCCUGGCGACGUUGCGGGCCUCUGCUGGUGCAACACUGACUGGCGCGGCGGCGAGGCAGGAGCUGUCGGGGCAAGCUGGGGCGGGACGUGGGGAUGGCGGUUGAUGUGGACAGGGUCGGAGACGCGGAUAGACAUCGUGGUAGUCGGAGACGACGAGCACGCUGUCGGACGGACAAACAGAGAGGAAGCAACAAACAAACGAGCCCGUCACGGUCAGGUCCUCGUCGUCGUUCGGGUGCACGAACGCUUGGCCGAUGGUGGAUCCAAUCCAAUCCCGCAGAAGGGGUCACCAAACCCUUCCGUAAUCAGCCCGACGUCAAGUGCGCUCCGCGCCGCACCACAUGAUUGCCCCGCACUAGCCGGUCCGGCACUUCCACAUCAGGCAAUUCUGCCCGGCCUCUUGCCGCCCAGCGGCUCGGCGCGCUCGGCAUUCCUCGGCCUGCUCAAUUCUUAUCGCCACAAUGUAUUAUUGGUGCCGCCGGGUUCUUCCCCGUCGCGUAAAUACGCCUCCGUCCAGCAGCCUGCCGCCCGCACCCUCGUCCAGGUAAAUAUUCUCGCCCCCAGCAGCACCCAGCCAGCAGCCACCGCAGUCCAAACAGCCGCCUGCCGUGCUCUGUGCGCUGAUAGUGCAUCAUCGCUCCACCACCUCGCCGACGUCCGCCGCGUCCGGCCUCUUUGUUUCCUGAUCCAUUGUUUUUCCCCAUGCCACCUGUGUGCCACCAUCCCGGCCUCCUCCUCCGCAUUUCACCACGUCACUCCUCCUGCCCCAACAGGCCCCAGCUCUUUAUGGUCGACGUCAUCCCCUCUUGCAUGUUGAACUUUGUCAGGACGUCUGCAAUCUUCUGCUUCCGCUGCCACCCGAUUUUCAAUGGGCCCCCCACUUGGACCGUCCCUCACACGCCUUGGAAAACUUCGCUGACCUUUUU